CGUAUUCAAUUCAAAGAAACGAAAGAGUACGGACAGAUAGAUAGAUUCAUCUUUCAUGUUAUUAAUAAUUGGUCUUCUUCCCAACUGUUCCAUUCUCAGAUAUUAGCCUUUCCUUGUGGUCCGAAGCAGAGGAAUUACUCUCUGUCUCUUACCCUUUACACUCGGCUAGAGGGCAAAGCUUGCUGACCGCCAUUAUUGCUUCUUGAACAAAGAGCUCCACCAUGUGCCAGCACUAAGUGCUUCAACUUCAGGUACCCCACCUUGGUUUUCAAGCAACAAAUCCCAAAAUCUGCUAUUAUUAUUUGUGACUGCUUUGCUUCGUGAAACAGAGAAGCUUUUCAUGGGGUUUCAUAACUUGGUUCUGCUACUCUGUUUUGCUUCUUGCUGUGUUUGUUCUUCUCAAUUACAAUCAUCUCAAACCCAAGUGCUUCUUCAGCUAAAGAAGCACCUGGAGUACCCAAAACAUCUAGAUAUAUGGAAGGAUCGUUGGGCAUCUUUUUGCUCUUCUCCUUCUUCACAAGUAAAUGUCACAUGCCAAGGAAAUUUCGUGACCGAGCUAAGCAUAGUAGGUGAUGCUAACCCUUCAAAGGUUAGAGAUUUUAAUGGGUCUCCUAUCCCGAAUCUGACAUUGUCAGAGAACUUCUCUAUGGAUUCUUUUGUGGCUACUCUUGCCAGGUUAACUGGCUUGAAAGUUCUUCGUCUCGUUUCUUUGGGCUUGUGGGGUCCGCUUCCUAAUAAAAUCCAGAGACUAAAUGAGCUUGAACAUUUGGACCUGAGUUCAAACUUUCUUUACGGCUCAAUUCCACCAAAGAUUUCUACCAUUGUGAACCUUCAAGUUCUUGCACUUGAUGACAACUUCUUUAACAGUACUAUUCCCGUUUGGUUCAAUUCUUUGACUAAUUUGACAGUUCUUGGCUUGAGUAAUAACAGAUUGAAGGGUCAGUUAGGAGAUUUUAGUGUUUUGAAUGCCUUAGAAGUGCUAGAUUUGAGAGAGAACAGAUUGGACUCUACACUACCAAAUGUGCCAAAAGGGUUACUAAGGCUUUUUCUGAGCAAAAACUUGUUCUCAGGUGAAAUUCCCAAGCAGUAUGGUCAGCUAAAUAGGCUUCAACAGCUAGACAUUUCAUUCAAUGCACUCACAGGAACGCCUCCUGCUGGGAUUUUCUCGUUGCCCAAUAUCACUUCCUUGAAUUUGGCAUCAAACAUGUUAAGUGGGUCACUUCAGAACAAUCUAAAAUGUAGCAGCAAACUCAGAUUUGUUGAUAUUUCACACAACAGGUUAAUGGGUUUCUUGCCUUCUUGUCUGGGAACAGAGUCAGAAAACAGGGUUGUGAAGCUUGAAGGAAAUUGCUUAUCCUCUAAGUUUCAGCAUCAACACGCAGUAUCAUACUGCACAGAGGUUCAAGUGAGGAAGAACACACUCAGAGUUGGAAUUUUAGUUGGUGUAAUUGUUGGAGCUUUUCUAAUAAUUGUGAUUUUGGCGUUGGGAAUUGUUGUGUGUGGAAGACAUAGCUCUAGGGGGAUCUCAGAGCAGCAUCUAUUUAAUAAAACAGUUCAAGAUAGCUCUAUAGCUGCAGUUGGGCUCUCCACUGAGAUUCUGGCUAAUGCAAGAUUUAUUUCUCAAGCUUCGAAGUUAGGCAAAGAAGAGAUGCCCAUGUGUAGGCCCUACUCUUUUGAAGAGCUUAAGCAAGCUACAAAUAACUUUCAUGACGCUACCUUCAUGGGUGGAAAUUUAUACGGGAAGCUUUACAGGGGCAAGCUACAAAAUGGGAAGCAAAUUACAAUAAGAAGCCUGCCACUGUCGAAGAAAUAUUCAUUCAGGAAUUUCAAGCUCAGGUUGGAUUUGCUUGCAAGGCUUCGUCAUCCUCAUCUGGUUUCUCUCUUGGGUCACUGCACUGAUGGUGUUGUAGCAGAAAAUAACGGCAGAAACAUCUUUCUCAUAUACGAAUACGUGCACAAUGGAAGUUUUCAGAGUUACCUAUCUGGAACUAGUUCUGGCAAGGUUUUCAGUUGGUCUGAGAGGUUGGCGGUUUUGGUUAGUAUUGCCAAGGCAGUUCACUUUCUGCACACCGGAAUGAUACCUGGUUUCUUCAAGAACCGGCUCAAAACAAACAAUAUACUGGUUAGUGAGAAUUGGACGGCAAAAUUAAGUGACUAUGGAUUGUCCAUUAUCUCAGAAGAAGUUGAUAUAUGUGAGGAGAAAGGAGAGAACUCUGGAUCAUGGGAAAUGAAGAGAUUAGAAGAUGAUAUUUACAGCUUUGGAUUUAUACUGCUUGAAGCACUUCUUGGACUUUCAGUAUCUGCUAAAAAAGAAGCAAUUUUCCCGAAUGUGAUGGCGUGUUUCAACAGCGAAGAUGGGUGGAAGCGGAUAGUGGACCCAGUAGUGCAAGCAACUUGCUGUCAAGAAUCUUUGUUCACUGUGAUCUCCAUCACAAACAAAAGCAUUUCCACUGAAUCUUGGAGCCGACCAUCCAUUGAAGAUGUCCUUUGGAACUUACAGUAUGCUUCUCAAGUUCAAGCAACUGCUGAUGCAGAUCAUAGAUUUGAUCCCACGACACCACAUCAUCAGUGACAUAAUUUUGAACUUUGCUUCUGAAACAUAACAAAGGUUUUGAUUCUAGGGCAAAAGGGUAAUUUUACUCUUAAACUAUAGGAUUAAGAGUAUUUGAGAUCUAUACUUUUUAUUUUUUGGUGCAAUUUUGCCUCUCAACAUUUAAAAACAUUACAAUGUGCCUCCUUUAAUUAAUUAUAAGGAUGUUGACUGUCGAAUCAUAUGAGAAAAAGUUUGAGUUUCACAACACUAAACUGUGUAAUUAAUGGGAUGGGGCACAUUGGGAUGUUUUAAAUGUUGAGUGACAAAAUUGCAUUAAAAAAAAAUUGAGGUUCUUAAAUGUUCUUAGUCCCAUAAUUUAAGGGCAAAAUUGUCUUUUGAUCCUUAAUUCUUUGACUAGCAAGUACGAUCUAGAGGUGGAAAAAUGUAUUUGUUGGGAACGAAAUUCAUAUACGUUCAGUCACGAACCAAAAAAGAAAAAUCUCUCCUUUAAUUGUAUCAUGAGUAAUGUACUACUAUACAAUUGGAUUUCCUAAUUUUCGUGAACAGAAUUGACCAUUAACAUCGUUUAA